AUGAUGACGACGACUGACCGUGUGCUGCUGGUGUGUGCCCUCUGCGUGCUGUGGUGCUGUGUUGCUGCGGUGGCUGUGUCGGCGGCGGGUGGUGCUGGUGGUGAUGGCGGUGCGGGUGAGUAUUUGAUCGCGGGACGGCACGCUCAGCUGCGGAGGGAAUGCGCGGAGGAGGCCGGCAGGAGGACAGGAGGCAGGGCAAAUCCGUCCGCCGUUGAGGAGUGCGUGCGUCAGGGGAUGGAUGGUGUGCGUACCGUUGUGGAUGGCCGUCGCCGUUGGAGGCGUCAACAGUUCGCCGUGGCUGCUGCUGAUGGCGGUUCUGGUAAUGAUGGCAGAAAUUCCGUGUCCUCCCAAAAGGCUGUGUCAGGGACUGGCACUGUUUUGCCGGAUGAUCCAAAAUUGAAAUCACCGGUCGCUCCAGGGCCAAUACUGGCGGAUACAACAACAGGAGGAGGGAAUUUACUGAUUCCCGCAGGGUCUCUUGAGACGGCGAAAGACAAAAAUGGAGAACCAUCAAGGGAAACGGAUAAGGGGGAAAAGGCGACGGUGGAAAACAGAAGUAAUGAAGGCACCAAUGGUGACGAACAAGUUGACAAUGCAGCCAUCGGGAAACCAAAUGAAGACCCAGAAAACAAGAAAGGUGAAACGCUUCAAGUUGAGGAAAGAAUUGUGAAAACCGAAGAACAUGAAGUGAAAAAUGGAUUGGAAGAGAGCAACACGGAGACGGAUGAAGAGAACAGAAAUAAAGCCGCUGAAGAUCCCGAGGGAGAUAAUGAAGUCACCAUACUUUCAUCUGGUGGCCAAUAUAAUGAAGAGGGUGAAAGACAGACGGAAAAAGAUUCAGGAAGCAUUAAAAAAGAAAAAGAAGUGAAUGGGGGUGGUGCUACCGAUGGUAUUUCUGCCGUAGCACCCGUAGCUCUUCAGCCUGCUUCCCCUGUUGACGUUACGGAUCGUCGAAAUCUUGAGAAAAAGAAUGAUGGCGACACUGGGGGAAAUCGAGACGCCGGCAGAACGCAAACGCAAGAAUCAGCAGGACCGUCACAGACAGAGAAGUUAUCAGCAGAAUUAGUUACCGAAGAAGAAGCAGCCGAAACAGAAACAGGAGCCCCGGGAAAAAAGACGCAACCAGAAGAUGCAGGAAAAGAACAGACAACCGUUGGAGCAAAAUCAAAUCAAGAAACACCUGUCGCGGCAAAGGAGGCAAACAACAAAAAAGAGGUACCAAGAGAAGAAGAAGAUGCAGAAACAGCAGCAACAAAUGAAAAUUUUGACAAAAAACGAACAUCCGGAAAGGACAAUGCCCACAAUGGGGCAGAAACCACAAGGCAAGAAAAUGAAAACGAAGUGGAGAAAGCAGAAGGAACACAUGCAGAAGCCGAAGGAAAUGAAGAGCAAACCGGGAAAAAAAACUUUGCAGACAAAGACCGUAAACUGAAUGACACGGCGACGCCUGGCGACAGUGACAGCAGCGUCGCGGCCUUCCACACCACCUCCCCUCUUUUGCUUCUUCUUACUGUUGUUGUGUGUGCUGCUGCUGCUGCGCUGGUGGCCGCGUGA